AUGUCGCACAUGGGCUAUAUUCACAUAUCAUUGAUUGGCAACAAGAACAACAGGUUUUGGUCAACCGGAGCCAACUCCGAAACGGAAGCAGAAACAGAUAACAAAGCCGACGGAGACUAUGAUAAAGUCCGAAAAGAGAAAAAAAAUGUCAUGUUACACAUACUGGAUUUCGUGAAAAACGAUUACGAGAUAGAGAUUAUGUUCGAAUCGAAAUUAGACAACCAUGAGCGCAGGAAGAUACAUAAUAUUGUUGACAAGAUUGGAAAUGCUGAUACUAUACUUGCUACAGCGGACGUUACUGUUCCUAACAUUGACAUUUUUAAUGAUAUAAUCAAGUAUAAUAAUUAUAUUUUGAGGACUGAAAGUGAAGGUGUGGUGCCGAACCGUACUCUCUGCAUUUAUAAAGAACCACCUGCCCACAUGUAUGUGGUAACACAUCAUGACUUACGAUACGAACCAGAAAAACCAGCUAAAGCAAACAAACCAAAUACAGAAUUAAAUGUUCUAGCAAACGAAUCAAAUGAACAAACCCAUCAUAAAAAUGAGAUAAAAGAAGUCAAUGAAACCAAAAUGGAUGAGGAUAAUAAAAUAAUAUUGGUAGGUAGUGAAAGUUCCUGUGAUUUACAUGAAGGUGAAGGAGAAAAUAAUACAAAAUCAGCUAACGGUCAUAAGGAAAAUGAAGUUUUAUCUGAAAAUGUAGCAUUAAACAAAGAAACAACCGACGUUCAUGGAGAAAAUAACAUAAUCAAAAGUAAAAAAAAUAAAUCAUAUCAUAUUACAAAAAAGGGAGUUAUUAAAUACAGAAUGACUAAGGUCAAAGUGGAUUCUAAACCUUUAAUGGCUGAUAAGAAAAGCAAAUUUCGUAAAGUGACAACGGAAGUAUUGGCAAGAGAGAAGAAUCCCUUUCUAAAAAGUAUAAUGAGUGUCCAAAAAUGUGACAGUAACCUAUUGACCAAAACGGAUUUGAAGAAUCAAAUAUUAGAAUAUUUCAGGGAGUUUACUAGUGAAAAAUUGUAUACGGAGUUCAAAUUUCUAGGGUCCUUUGAUGAGGUAGAAGCUGAAGCUAUCAAUGAAUUCAUAAAAAACUUGUGGAUGUGUAUAACCGACGGUGAUUAUUUGAAUGAUGAAAUUCUUUGUAUUAUGAAGGAUGCAGAAUGUGGAUUCGCUAUUGGAAUGCAUAACAAUGGUAGUGCAUUGUAAGUGUUUUAUGGUUGAUAUUGAUUCCCAUAUUUUAUAUAAAUAAAUUUUCAUUGUUGUAGGGGUUUAACAAUAUUUACCAAUAAUAAU